UUAUUAAUGUUGACUAUGGUUAGAAAGAAGAUGAAGAUUUUCAAUUAAAGAAUUUAAAAAAACCUAAAAGAACAGCAACAAAAUAAUAUAAAAGUUACAUCAUCAGUUAUUACGCGUUCCUGAGUUGAUUUACUAGACUAGACUAUCAAGAAAAUGGAUUGUGAACCAAGCAGUAGCAACACAAUUACAGAUAUCGAUUGCAUAUCUAAUCCAGAGACAGAGCCAAAUGAACGAGAAGCACCUAUGAGUGCUGGAGCAAUGAAACUGAAGAGUUGGCUCAAUAAACCACUACGUGUGGAAAUGUCUGACAAACGUAUUUUAGUUGGUAUGUUCUUGUGCACAGAUAGAGACGCAAACAUUAUUCUGGGAUCCUGUUCCGAAUACCUUCCUGAUGGAGAAAAUGCGAGCAAUGAAGAACCUCGCAUGUUAGGUUUAAUUAUGGUGCCUGGAAAACACAUUGUCAAUAUUUCCAUUGAUCUGUGGGAGCGUUUCGUGAAAAGUGAUGAAGAUAUUCAAUAAUUAAUGCAUUUAUUUGUAUUUCAGUGAUUUAAUUUAUUAUGCAUUUUAGGUACAAAUUACA